UAAGAGAGAAACUGAGCAUGUGAGAGAGUGAGUGAGUGAGUAAGAGAGAGAGAGAGAGAGAGAGAGCCAUAAUGACUGUUACUACUCUCAGUGUAAAUCAGUUUCACGGCGCGCGCGCACACACCGCUCUGUAGCCGGAGACGGUGAGCAGGGAAUUUAAACCGGUCACCCGGUAUUCUGUCACAGUGACAAUUCCAGCCCCGUUAUUUCCUUAGUCGGCUUGUUUUUAUUUGUUUUGAAAUAUGAUUAUACGGUAGUCGGAGCGCUUCCUGGAAGUUAGUUUUCCGCGGAUAUAGUGUUUGCGGCACUUUUCUUCGGCGGGGACAUGGAGCUGGUGGGUCGGCGCUUCCUGUGCGUGAGCGGCGGAGAGGAGCGCGAGCUGGGCGGCGUGGCGCGCUGGGGCUGGAGAGCCGGACUCAUCCGCGCUGUCACAAGCCGCCACACUGACAGCCCCACUCUAGCUGUGUGUGUGGAGUGGGACGGCGAACCGUCAGCAGAGUGUAAAUGGAGGAGGCUCAGGGAGGAGUGGGAGGUGUUUGUCCUGGAGCAUGAGUUGGUAUGGGCCAAGAGGAACAGCACCUCACAGGAGAACAGCUCUCCACAGCCUGCACUGGUAUUCCAGCCCCUGAUUGGCCAAGCGCAUGUGGGCGGAGUGGCAGUGGUGGAGUUCCUGUCAGACAGAGAGCUGGAGUUCUACACAGAAAGAGAAGAGCUUCGUCCGUAUGAGGAGGAAGUGGAUGGCGGGAGCUCACUGCUGAGAGAAGAUCUUUCAAGCCAUGAGCAGCUCCAGGCUUGGCUCAGACAUCGUCAGCUCCAGCACAUUCUUCAGCUAGGACACAGCAGUGUGAAGGGCCUCAGGGUGAAGGUGUUCAGACCCGAUUCCAAACCUCAAUGGCUCCAUGGUAUCGUAAGCCAUCAUGAUCACAACAACAGAACUAUGACUGUCCUGAGCGACCAGGUAGCAGAGCCUCUGAGUGUGGACCCAGCACUUGUGCAUGUGCUGGUUCUGGACGACAUAAGCCAGUUGUUAUUAGUGGAACAAAAUGCCACAACAAAUUGUAAACCUCACACUAACAAGAUCAGCAGGAUCACCCUGAAUACAGGAAACAAGUCAAGAAACACUACAGAAGCAGAUCCGGUGUGUAGCUCGGGGCCAGUGCAGAGGAAACAGCCAGAGCUGUGCAGAGAGAAAUCCAACUGCAGCCCAAAAGAGGACGACACAGACAGGAUGAGAGAGGAGAGCGGAGCUGAUGAAGCAAGAGCAGAUUCCUCAAAAAGUAUGAUCAACCAUAGUGAGAGGAAGAGGAGGAAAGCAGGGGACAAGGAAGAGCAGGAUGAAAUGGACAGUAGGAGUGCUGGGUUGAAGAGGUCGAAGGGUAACAGUGGCUCUGACCAGUCAGAAUACAGUGAUUCAGAGGGCAGCAUCUUGGAAUCAAAAAGCCUACAGAGAAAAUCUUCAAAGAAGCCAGCUGACUGCAAGACAGUCAACAAUCCUGCAGCACAUUUAGGUCAUGACCUGAAGGCUCACUCGUCCCCCAAAAGCAUAGAACUUUCUUCUAGCCAAUCAGCAGAGACUGAAUGCCAGAGAGUAGGGAAAGUCAUGCCCUUGCAGGGUAAUUUAACCAACACACCCUGCAAUGGAGUGUACCAAACAGUCAAUUCAUUACAGUGCACCAUGGGACUGGGCUGUGAUAAAGCAGAGAUGGAGCGGGGAGAUGGAGUGAUGGAGGAUCAGAGUGAGGGUGCAUCACAAGAGGACUGUGAAGCUGUCUCUGCUCUACUGGCGUCCCAAGAGGAUGAGCAGCUGGUUUCCUUGGAGACUGCAUGUGUGUUAUUGCACACAUCGCCACCAGAGUGCGAGGGGGUUGAGGGUGAACAGGAGAUUCCACAAGGUGAACCAGAGGUCAGGACAUCUGAUUUGACGUGCCCAGAGGUCAUUACACCCAGUUGCGACCCAGCAGAAGCAGUGGAAGAAGAGCCCAGAGUAGUUUUGACUCACUCUCCCGCCAUGAUUUGCAACUCAAAGGUGGAUGCUGUUAAAGUAGUUAAGUCAAGUCAGGCUCCUGGUCUAGCUACUAGUCCUAGACACGAUGCUGCUCAUGUCUCAGAAAUUACCCACAAGACCACUGUACACCAAAGUCCUUGCUCCUCUCUUGAGGUGAUUUCCAGGCCACCAGAUGUUACAGAGGUUACCAGGCUGAGAUGCAGUGCCUCUCCUCAAGCUGCCAGAAUCGAAGAGAGCAGUUUGCCCUCAAAAGUCAGUACAGAUAAAGUUCUCAUUGGAUUUAAAAGCACACAAGGUUCCAAAGUUACCCCUACCCUGACCCUUCAUCAACAUAAUGCUCCCUCUCCUAGCACAACAGACAUACAGGCUCAAUCAAGGACCCCCCCUCAGACUAUUGCCCAUAAUCACAUGCCUACUGCAGACAAACUAACUAAGAGCCCACUGAUCAUUGACAGAAAUGAGCCUUUCACGGUCUAUCGAGACCCAGCACUUGUGAGGAGAGAACUGGAGAGCCUCUCUACUUAUGUCCAACCACCACACACCCCACCCAACCUUCAUUCGAAACACCAUCUGAAAAGCCCAUCUCCCUCCUCCAGCUCCCCCAGCCUUACCUCCACCACCUCCCACACCAAGAUCAUGAGUCCUGCAGCACACCUCUCACCUCUUCCGCUCCCUUCCCAGUCUCCUUUGUGCUCUACUCACCCCUCCAUCCCUCACCCUCACCUGCUUCCAUCUCUCCUGCCCGGUUUGCCCCCAACGUCAGCACUCCUGGCUGGACAUGCUCGGCUGGCGCCUCUGAGUCUCCCCCACCACCCAUUGGCCCUGCAGGCAACCCCAUCUCUGCUGGGCCAGGGCCCAGGAACUGCUUCCCUGGCACCGAUGGGCCUGUACCCAGUCCUCUGGCCCCCUUUUCCUAAUGGGGUGCAUGGCUAUGGUCUGGGAAUGCCAGGGCCCAAGUGGACACCCCCAGACACUGCAGGCAUAUCUGAGGUUAGCCUGAGGAGGAACACACCAAGCCCCUGGGUCCCUCAGACCUCUCCUGUAACCAGUGCAGAAAGUCAGGGUUUGCAACCCCCGCUGCCUGUACAGCCCUCAAGCGCUGAACCCCAGAGACCAUCCAGGAGUGCCCAGCCCAGCACCCCUACCUCUAAAAGCACAGAGGAACCAGAGAGGAGGGUGUUCUCAGAGACUCAAAACUCCACUCACAUGCCACUGAAGGCAGAACAGGAGCGUGUGAAGGCAGUAGUGGGAAAGAAUGGACAUGCAUCCCACUCCACAGUCACAGAGUCACCUUCUGCUCGCUCCAAACAGCCUCAGUUGGUGUAUGACCUCACAGGUGACCGCACCAGCUGUUACCAGGAGGAGAGUCGGCGCAUUCUGCAGGAGAGCAUUGAAGUAGCACCAUUCACAGCCAAACUCAGCUCAGACAGAGAGCCCUAUCCUAAAAGCCCCACUCCUUCACUACAUUUCAAAGAGAGAGAGAGAGAGCGACAGUGUGACAGAGAGAUGCACAUGUUCAGACACAGCGUGCCUCCCAGGUUGCAGUCAGCCCAGCCUUCACCAACACUCACCCAGAGUAGCUACUACACCCCAGCAGCUGGCAGUGUGGAGAACAAGGCUUCUACACGUAGAGCUCCACCCAGCAAAGAGCUGUAUGAGAGACUCAGUUCCCCAAACACUGCUGCCUCUGUCCUCUCUUCACCUAGCACACAGAGCACAGUCAAAGCUAGACCUCCACCCCUCGUCAAGCGCAACCCUGAGAAAGAGGAAGGUCUCCUGGGCAAGAUUACAGACCAGUUGAUCUCCAAAACUAUCUCACUGGAUCCACUAGAAGUCAAUAGCAUGGAGAGAAAAGGCUCCUCCACUUCUCUCAUUUCUGUCUCUUCUUCUUCUUCUUCUCGCGUUGUACCCUCACUGCACAGGGCCCCCAUCUUCCACCCCCCAGCCUUACCCAUUGUGACGUCUAAAGAGGCAGGGCAAGGUAGGUUGUCGCCACCCACCCUGACACCCAUCCAGCCAAUGAGCUUAUCUGGAAAGGGUCAGAAUCAGCACAGGCCGCCCACAUUGAUGCCUGAGCUCAGACACGGAGCAGUCACUGGAAAGAGGGCGGCUCCUGAGCCAGUAUCCAUCACAAACAAAGGUUAUGAUUUGCAGAGGAGUGGAGUUUUGCACAAUCGAGAAAGAGUGAUAGGAGGUCACAUAACCAACGGAGGAUUGGUGAACACACAGGCUGCCACUGCUUCUGUUAUUGUUCGUUCUUCUGGCUACAUGCACACACCUGUGAACCACACCAUCACUGAAAGGUCACUUUCCCAAGUUCAUUGUGACCAUGUGCGAACAUUUGAAAGUUUGCCAAGCACACACUCGAAGGAUGGCAAUGGUCAGUGUAAGAGGGGCAUCCUGUGGACCCCGGUGGACACUGUGCACCCUGUAAACAUGGUCACUUUAAAACAGGACAUUAACACACCUUUGAACAUGACUAAAAAUAUGAGUACUCAUUUUUCAAAUCGUGGGGUGAAAUAUUCUGUAAAUAUAGAUACACCACACUCAAUAAUAGACUUGGUAUCUGAGCAGUGUGAAAAGGAGAAGGAGGAAAUUAGUACCAUAGUUCAGCCAAAGGUGAAUCUCUCCUUUUGCCCCCCUAGAGACAUCCCCCAUGUAAAGAAACGCAGAGCUGGACUAGCUGCUUCAGAACUGAGGCAAAAUAUGCAUGCAGUCCAGCCCCUGAACACUACGGACACUUUGAACACUACCAAGAGUAGAUACACUUGCACUACCCACAGUACACAUACCAAAUGCACUGCGCACACUGUGGACCAAGAUAAAGAGUCUAUAUUCAAUCCUAGCCCAUCCAAAUAUCCCAGGUUAGCCCCUGAGGUCACUGGGGUUGUAGCCAGCAAACCAGGCUCAGUGGGAAAAGUUCAGCCACUGUCUCCCUCAACCCAUACUAACCAUUCUGCCCAGUCUGGUCAAAACAAUUACCACAAACUGAAAAAAGCCUGGCUUACCCGUCACUCUGAGCAGGACAGAGGUAGUGUCACCUCAGAGACAGCAGGGGGCAGUACCACACUAACCACCACAACCACUUUCUCUCUGCCAAUCAAGCAGGAGGUGAAUGGACUGGAGGAUAAAUGGCCCAUACAGGAGGGCAAAGAACUUUUUCUAGAUAACAGGAAAUCUAAAACCCUAGACAGGAAAUGCCUAGUUGAAGACAGGAAGCCCAAUGGAAGCAAUGCUAAGUCCAACACAGAGGAUAAAAAAACACCUCUCACCAGGGAUAAUAAAGUUACUUUAGAAGAAGUAAAGCCCAUCAUGGAUAGAAAUGGCAACUUGCAGGGUAAGAAGCCUAACUUUCAGAAUAAGAAACUAUGCAUUAAUAUAAGGAGGCCAAACUCAGCCGACAUAAAAAUAGAGAAAGAUAAUCAUGGGGAGAAACGGAUCUUUCAGUCCAGCUUUGAAAGUGAGAGUGGAGGGGACUCGGUCAAUGAAAACAAGUGUCACAAAUCUGACCCAGGGAGCAUACAUCGGCCCAAACCUGCAUUCAAAAAGAAGCAGAAUGACCAGAAAAAGCAGAGAGGUGAGAAUGAGAGAGAGGAUGAAGAGGAAGAGGGAGAAGAGGAUGAGGGAAAAUUUAAUGGCACAAUCCAGACUACCAAAGAGAAAUCUCACCACAGGCUGCCUAGCAACGGCAUUCCUCGUUCAGUGCUGAAGGACUGGAGGAAGGUAAGGAAGCUGAAGCAGAGCGGCGAGGCCUUCUUGCAGGAUGAUUCAUGUGCAGAGAUUGGAGCUAAUGUACAGAAAUGCCGGGAGUGCCGAUUGGACCGCUCACGCAAGGCCCAAGAGCCUGUCAUUUCACCUGUCUUUUGUCGCUUCUACUACUUCCGCAGACUGUCAUACAGCAAGAACGGAGUAGUGCGGGUGGACGGCUUCUCUGUUGUGGAAGACACUGAUGAAGAAGCAGUGCGGGUGUGGGUGGCAGGCUUUGAAGAUGAACAAGAAGACAAGCAAAGGGAGAUGGAGCUGGACACAGCCAAAUACAUUCUCACACUCAUAGGAGACAAGUUUUGCCAGCUUGUCAAGACAGAAAACACUGCUGUCACAUGGGUCAAGAAAGACACCCAGGUGAUGUGGAAGCGAGCGGUGAGAGGUGUGAGAGAGAUGUGUGACGCAUGUGAAGCCACUCUGUUUAAUAUGCAUUGGGCCUGUCACAAAUGUGGCUUUGUGGUGUGCAUGGACUGCUACAAAGCCCGCGAGAGGAAGAGUGCCAAAGAUAAAGAGCUGUAUGCCUGGGUUAGGUGUGUGAAGAAUCAGCCCCAUGACCUGAAGAGCCUAAUGCCUACUCAAAUAGUCCCAGAGAGAGUGUUAGCAGAUCUGCAGAGCGCCAUGCACUCUAUAAGGAGAGAAUACGGCAUCCCCUCUCAGUGCUCUUGCUUUGGCAGCAGUGCCUUCCUCUCCAGAUCCACCAUCACUAAUGGCGUCUUACAGCUUUCUGAGAGGCCACAGUGCAACUUGAAAAGCCAGCAGCAAAAUCAGCAGAAGACCACACAGAACACUGCUCACAAGAUCUCCACAGAGAGAAGAGGAAAAUUGGAGUGUGAUGAUAUUGAGACUUUGGGCAGGAAGUCAGGCAGCCCAGAGCAGGGCUCCACUUUGCGUGACCUCCUGACAUCCACAGCUGGAAAACUGCGUCUGGGAUCCACUGGGCCUGGAAUAGCCUUUGCACCAGUUUAUAACACUGAUCAGACUGCUCAGAAAGCUCGCAUGCCCAGCCUCCUGGAUGACAUUAUUGCCUCAGUAGUGGAGAACAAAAUUCCCGCCUCAAAGAUGACCAAACUUCGGUUGAACCAGAAUUUGCUGACAGAGGAGGAGGAAGAGCUGGUGCUGGAGGAGGUGAAGCCUAUUCGAAUCCCACUGGCUGACCCGCAUACCAGUGUUCCACAUGAUUGGAUAGGCAGCCACCGGUUGCUUUGGCUUAAAGAUCACCAUCACCUAGGCAACCAAAGAUUGUUCAAAGAGAACUGGACACAAGAGCAGCCGGUGCUGGUCUCUGGCAUGCACAAGCGUCUGAAUGCCAGUCUGUGGAAGCCAGAGCACUUUAGCAGAGAAUUCUCAGCACUCCACAGUGAUUUCUACAACUGCCGUGAUGGGAGCAUCAUAAACACCUGUGUCAAGGAAUUCUGGGAUGGAUUUGAGGAUGUGUCAAAGAGAACUAAAUCUACUAAAGGUGACCCUGCAGUAUACAGACUGAAGGACUGGCCAUCAGGGGAAGAGUUCCUGGCACUCAUGCCAUCCAGGUAUGAAGACAUUAUGAGGUCGUUGCCAGUUCCAGAAUACACUGGUCCAGAUGGAGCCCUCAACCUGGCCUCUCGCCUUCCGUCGUUCUUCAUCCGGCCAGAUCUGGGUCCUCGUCUCUGCUGUGCUCAUGGUGUGACAGCAUGCCCAGAGCAGGACUUUGGAACCAGCAAUCUGCAUGUUGAAAUAUCUGACACUAUGAGUAUUCUGGUCUACGUGGGUGUAGCCAAGGGCAAUGGAGCUCUCUCCAAGUCAGGAGUUUUGAAACUCUUAGAGAGAGAGGAUCUGGAUGAGAGUGCAAAGAAGAGGCUGAGAGAUCCCAAUGAAACUCCAGGCGCACUGUGGCACAUCUACCUGAGUAAAGAUCUCCAUAAGAUCCAGGAAUUCCUCCAAACGGUAGCAGUGGAGCGUGCUGAGGCAGAUGCUGAGGCUGACUCUGAGGCAGAAUGGGAGAGUGAGGCAGACCCUCUUCGUGAGGGGAGCUGGUACCUGAGCCCGAAGCUGCGGCAGAGGCUGCUGGAGGAACACGGUGUGGAGAGUCGCACACUGCUGCAGUUCUACGGCGACACUGUGAUUAUCCCUGCCGGAGCCCUACACCAGGUGAUGAAUUUGCACAGUUGCAUUCAGGUGAAUGUGGACUUUGUGUCCCCUGAACAUGCCCACAACUCGUAUUACCUGACCCAGGAGCUCCGCCCUCUCAAAGACCAAGUUAAUUAUGAGGACAAAUUACAGGUAAAGAACAUCUUCUACCAUUCUGUGAAGGACGCUGUGGCCGCUCUGAGCCGGCACUUGAAAGAACAGAGCACAGAGGAGGUCAAGGAGGAAGAAUGCUGACGGCAUUCAUGCUCACUCUGUGAGCAUGGCACAAGGUGCAGACAAUCUCCAGAUCCUUCAGAGAGGAACCACUGCUCUGCGAACCAAUUCCGAAGUCGCACAUUUCACACCAAUGACCAUAAAUACUAUUUUGCUUCCGUGCAAGGACCCAUCACUUUCUCCAUGAUGUCACCAUAUUCUGUUUGAUUAUUGUCGCUAUAUCUUCUCCAGAGCUCAGCCCCACCCUGAUAUCUUCCUGCUUGGCCAGGAAGUGAGGUGAGAGGCUGAGGCAUGUCUGAACAGUGGAAUAGACGAAGUGGAACUCUCUCUCCUGAGCAGGCAGCUGCAAAGUUGCUGAGCAGGAAGAGAGGUGAACUGCUAAGCACAGCACUUUCGAGCUCUCACAUGCUGUAGGCUGUGGAUAACCAAUGCAAAAGAACAACCACAAAGGCAUUUUUCUUCAAAAGAUGAUGCUCUGAGGCAUAUUCUUAAUCAGUAGUUAUUGUGCUGCUAACUGUUAGCUACACUUGUCUGCUGAGGUUCAGACAGUUGGGAGAGCAGCUAGGCCAACACAACCAUAGCAGCAUUCCUUUACGUCAGCCAACGCCAAGCUGUUAGCUUUUAUUGUUUUUGUUCAAAGGUGAUAUUAAAUUAUUAACAGUUUGGCUGGUAUUCACUGUGCAGAAGGAGAAUAUAAAGGAAUUUGCAGUAUAUGAUGUGUUUGUUUAAAAAAAAGGUUCUUGUGAAAUUUUGAGCUGAAAUAUGUAAAUAGCAGAAUAUACAUAUAUAAUAUAUUAAUUAUGAUUUUUCUAUAACAUGGUGUGCUUUAUUUGCUGUAUGUGUUGUUUGCUACUGUAUGUACAUUGAAGCUAAAGAGAUGUUUUACAUUUUCCAUUAAAAAUGGAAUCAAUCAAGAACAGGUAUUUUGUGCCAGUUUUGUGUGUAAAAGAACACUUCAGCACACAUCCAACUCGGCACACAUUUUCAAAAAAAAUUAUUUUGACGGUAUUUUAAUUUUUAAAAAAUUCUAAUGCUUAACAUUUUCAGAGUGAAUACAAUUACGUUUUAAUUUUUUAAAAAUAUAUAAAUAUGCAGUUCCAUCACAUUAAUAUGGUCAUCAUUUAAAGUGCUGCUAAUUUACUGAUGGCCCACAAUGCCCUUAGUACCAGUGGGGUCUGGGAACCCCCUGGGAAUUUGUGAAGCCUUGCCAGGGUAUUCACACUUUUUCAGUUUUAGUACAUGGGUAGAAAAUCAAAACUCACAGCCCAUAAAUAGCACUUAAGUCUGUAGUUACAUCUAAGAUCUGAAUACCGACGUAAACAAUUUGCAUAUUAAUUCCUCAUUAUAUGUGCUUAACUCAACUCUGUAUACAGUCCAUAGCUCUUAUAGUUCAUAUAGUUCUUACUGAAUGGGUUGAAUCCAAACCCCAAUAACUCAAAAACAAGUAAAACUACUGUACAAUUAAUGUCAACUUGAAACUAAUGACAAUUUUUUUUAAUAAAAAUGUGUAGUCAUUGAUAUAAAAAUCUCUAUUGCUACACUAAAUAGCCAAGAUGUUGGGUUUCCAAAUACUCACAAAAUUACGUAACAGUGCCACUGCCAUUUUAAUAUCCUCCUGGAGGUCAGAUGUAAGAGAGACUAUAAACCCUGAGCAGGUCAGCAUGGCAGGAGGGUCAGGUAAAUUCACACAAUUUCCAACUUCAAGCUUGUUUUCUUCCACCAACCUCACUCUAUCCACCAGCACAGACACAAUGUUUCUGAGAUCACAAGUGCCUGUGUUUUGGUCCUCUAGCCACGUUGUCUUUGCAGAGAUGUUUGUGAGACUGUGGACUGUGCUUGGGGACUGUUUGGAGGCUUAAGGACAUUUAGACGUGUUAACUUCAUCUAUAUGUGAGAACAGUCUUGCAAGCUUUACACAUGUCCAGGUCUUCACCCUUUUCUAGGCCGCUGAUUAGACAUUGCUGGUGAAUAUGUGUGCCUCUGGAGCUCCAGAACUUAUUUAUUAUUUCAGUCAGAGAGCAACAGAUUAUACAUGCAUUCAGGAGAGACAUCUUUUAACACUGAUCAGGCAAAACCUCGUUGAUGUGCCAGCCUGCAAUUACCUUCAAAUUGAAUGUGAAUGUGACUUGAAUGCUGCUUCUCAGUGCUCACUGAGUAAUAAAAAAUAGCAAAAGUGCAUUUGUUUGUUGACUGAUUAAUUGAGUAUGAACAAUUAAUAAUGAACAAUGAUUACUAUGGCUCUAUAUGGUCAUGACUUCUCAAUAGCAAUAAAUAGCUCAUAGUGCUCCAUUGCUGUACAUAAUUGGUGUUACACCAUCUUUAAUCCAGCAAGUGUCCUACCAGUUCAUUUUCUGUCCUUAAUGAGGCUCCAUUUGGGAGAUCUGAGCAAGCACAGUGACAGAGGUACUGGGCAAAUAAUGACUUUAAUUUAGGUAAUUCUCAUUUGUAUUCAUAGUGAUGUUACCAAGUUGUUGUUUUGUUUGUUUGUUUGUUUUUUAAACUGUUUAAUCAGUCCUCAAUAUAUACUGUAUGUGUCAUACAAAUGUCAAUAAUAAAGGUAGCUCAGUAGGUAGUUCAAGAGUUCUUUACUUAGUGGAAGUUUGUUGUGUCUGCCAGAAAUCUAUUUUUGGACCCUGUAAUCCUCAACUGCUUAGCCUCCUGAUUGGAUGGGAUUUGUGCCUCUGUUGUUAGUCAUCUGGAUAAAAGUGUCUGUCAACAAAAUAAAUGUAAUAAAUUGGGGUCCAAGCACUAUUUUUCAAAUAGGCCAUAAUGCCAGCUGUAGAUGUAAAUCCAGCUCGAACUUUACUUUUUUGUGUUUUAAGUGUCACAAAGACUGGUGCUGAGCUCUGACUACACUAGACCAAAUUCUUAGCACAUCACUAUUGCCUCUGUGUGGAGCUCUUUUGAUAUAAAGGCCUCUGCUUCUAAUCUCCAUUAAUUGCUGGUGUUUGGCGCCACCUGCUGUGCUGGUACAUGUUUAGGGAGGAUCAGAUCAGACACUACUACAUGGUGUGUGUACUACAACAGUAUCCCCAAGAGCAUUUCAUGUCAUAACAAAUAUCAGAAAUAAAUAUAAAAUUUCAGCUGAAAUUGAUAUAGCCAGUAUUCCUUGACUGGAUAGAGGGAAACCUAUUCAAUUAAUGUGUACCAUUUAAGUAAUAUAAAACUGAGUUGAGCGGGCAUGGUGGCUUAGUGGUUAGCGAUGGUGCCUUGCCCCUCUGGGGUUCUGGGUUUGAUUCCCACCUCUGCCCUGCAUGUGUGGCGUUUGCAUGCUUUCCCCGUGUUUCGGGGGUUUCCUCCCAAAGACUGAUUGGCAAUUGUCCCCUGAGAUAGGGUCCAGGCAAAGGAUAAAUGGUACAGAGGAUGGAUGGAAAACAUAGUUGACCACCAGAAUUCAGCUAUGCUGUGGAAACCUUCUACUGCAAAUAUAACAUGUAAUAAUGAUAAUGCAUUAAUUGUACACCAAGCCUCUUGCCUCUUCUAAAGACUUUGUGGAAAGCAUGAUUAAGAAUUCGUACCAAGGACUUUAAAGGCAUUAUAACGGAACUGAAAGCCAGAAGAAACAUGAGCACCCAUGAGCUAAUAUAACACAGUGAUAAUGUGUUUCACAGCUUAAAAAGUUAGAUUUACUGCACUAUGUGUACUGUUAUAUACGUAUACUGCAAUGUUAACAAAGUUUACAUUAUUUAGGAAGAAAGAAUGGAUUAUAAACCAUCACGCCAAGCCCAUAAUUUGGUGUACGAAGAGAAAAAAAAGCAAAAUCCAUCACCAAAAGGAACAGAUCCACACAGGAAUCAGCUGCAUGUACUGCUAUGAUGAGAAAAACAAAGUAGCACACAUUAGUCGUCAUUGUAUGUAUAAGCAGUGAUGCCGAUUUUUUUGGUGGGUCUGUGUCGAUUUUACACCUAAUGAUCAACACCCCCAUGCAAUCCAUCCUGCUGCCUUAUGUCUUUGUUUCUUGGUGGUGACAUGGGCAAUACCUAUCAUGCUUUGGGAGUGUGGUCAUCCAUCUUCCUGGGCUCUCCACCCACACACUGGGUAGAAGGGUGACGGGGGGCGCGCCAGUCUCCAAUACAGAGUUACACUCAUUCAUUAGAAUUACAAACUGGCCCUUUCCAUGUAUGUCAUUAUUUUAUUACAUU